UUAAGCGUUUCUGGAUUCUGUAUGCAAUAAAUAAGCUUAUAUUCAUUUCUUUCGACAUCAUGAGACUUGAUCAAUGAAUUAACUUGGGUCUUUGAAUGACUCGUGUACCAAGGAUAGUUUACGUUCCGGAGGUAAAUCAUUAACCGAUCCAUUUUCCGAGAUUGUGUGCAGAAUGAGACAGUAUACUAGUUUAAGCUCUCAACCUUGAGUGAUGCCGAUAUUCAAUUUCGGGUUCACUACUGCCAAGUUCCAACUGAUGAGUCUUGUGAUUUCUAUCUAUCUAUGGCAACAAUGGUAAAAUUCCAAAGUUUUUGAAUUUGAACCCUUGGAUCAUCGGAUUUGACGCCUAUUAUUAUAAAACUAAUUGAUCAAAAUCAAAAGUAUACACAGAGAGUCCUUUAAGAUUUUCAAUUUCCCAUCCCAUCCUAGUAGUCCUAGCACAGAAAGAACCAGCACGGCACCCUAAAAGUUGAGAACUUUAGAGAGACGACCUUUGUGUUUGGUUCUCUGGAAAAAUAGCCAUGGCCAAGCCAAAAACAUCCUACGAGGAGACCCGAAAGCAGAGAAUGGAAGAAAACAGGAAGAGAAUGGAAGCCCUCAAUCUGCCUCAGCUGGCUCAGGCUUUUCAAACCUCUUCGUCUCCCAAACCUUCUCCGAUGAAGCGCCAGAAGCCUCGUAAAGUGGAGAAGCAGAUUGUUGAGGUGAGGAGAUCGGCUCGCGUCGCAAGCCAGCCUACCCCUGUUUACAGAGAAGUUGAGGUGAAGGUACCAAGAAGCUAUGGGAGGAUUUCUAAGCAUAGGGAUUUGUCCAACCGGGUAUAUGCUAGUGAGUACGCCAGAGCCGAGGCAACGGAGAAAGCUGAGGAAUUGGAGUCGGGCUUGGGAUCCGAUUACCCGACCUUUGUGAAACCAAUGCUCCAAUCCCAUGUCACUGGUGGAUUCUGGCUGGGUCUUCCACUCCCUUUCUGCAGGAAGUACCUCCCCAAACGCGAUGCAGCUGUGAUGCUGGUAGAUGAAGAAGGUGAGGAGUACCCGACUGUAUACUUGGGGAACAAAAAUGGACUUAGCGGUGGAUGGAGAGGAUUUUCGAUUGCCCAUGAGUUGGUGGACGGUGAUGCAUUGGUAUUUCAGUUAAUCAGGCCUACGACAUUCAAGGUAUUUCAGUUAAUCAGGCCUACGACUUUUGAACUCUGUUUUGAGCACUCAGGGAAUACAUGAGAAACUCUUAAAACCCCAGACUCGAGAACUGGUAUAUUAGAUUAUUAGAAUAGACUCAAUAGAGUCAAUAGACCAGGUAGUAGUACUUACUUGACUAUAAUUAAGGACUACUUACAAGUUUCUUGAUUUAGUUCAAAUGUAAGAGGGUUCUCUUUUUAAGCAAUAACAUGCUGUGGAAGGGAAUGGUGAAAACAAAUAUAGUCUCUUCUGUAGAUACAGAUGAUUCCAACUAGAUAAGUGCCUUAUUCUUCUUUCUUGUCCAGCCU